GUGUAUUGAGACUAAAAGUUCUGGUACAGAGAGAGAGAUACAUCAAAAGUACAGUGUAAGCUGCCGCCAUUAACGAAGCAUCGGCGAAAAAAGAAGAUGAAUAUCGUUGGAUUGAGCAAACGUUUCUUCUCCGAUCGUCGCUCUCUUCACGGGAUCAACAAUGCUCUCUUGAAAACAGUGUUCACCGGUCGGAAACCGAUUCUCGGAUUCUCCGGCCGAUCGAUUCACGAGCUACGCAAAACUGGGAAUUUCGUAAUCCCUCGUGUUUUCUCCGUGUCGCGAAAUCUAACGACGAAGGCUUCGUCUUCUUCUUCGAAACAACCUGCGUUUCUACGAUGGUAUUUGAGAAAGCUCGAAUCACAUCCUUUUAUGACUAAGAGUAUCACUACUUCUGUCAUCUAUAUGGCUGCAGAUCUCACUUCUCAGAUGAUCACAAUGGAGCCAACUGGUUCUUUUGACUUGAUAAGAACAGCGAGAAUGGCGAGCUUUGGGUUGAUAUUUCUCGGGCCGUCUCAGCAUCUGUGGUUCAGUUAUCUUUCGAAGAUAUUGCCAAAGCGCGACGUGUUGACAACCUUUAAGAAAAUAAUGAUGGGGCAGGUUCUUUUCGGACCUGUUAGCAACACAGUCUUCUAUUCCUACAAUGCUGCUUUACAAGGUACAUAACAUAAUCAAACCUCUAUGGAUUGAACGGAUUUAGCUUUUUACGGUUUCUCUGCCUGUAAAUUUAUGGUGCUCAUUAUGAGAUUGGUUCUGGCACGUUGUUGGUCCUUUUUAAGGCGAAAAUUCUGAGGAAAUUGUGGCGAGAUUGAAGAGAGAUCUUCUGCCAACAUUGAAAAAUGGACUUAUGUAUUGGCCGGUCUGUGAUUUUGUUACAUUCAAGUAUGUGCCAGUUCAUCUACAGCCACUGAUGAAUAGCUCGUGCGCAUAUAUAUGGACAAUCUAUUUGACAUAUAUGGCAAACCAGACGAAAGCUGACAGCUGAACAAUGACAAGUAUGAGUGUUCUGGGUCACACGCAAUCGCAUUCUUUUUAUUCAAUUGAACCAACCAUCAGUACUAGUAGAUUUUUUUUGUUUUUUUGGUGUCUACAAUGCAGCAAAAGUAUCGCAUAGAUAUGGACAUAAACAUGUAUGAAUUUUGAUCAUCUAAGCAUAUAUUUAUCAGGAAGUCUCAAAGUUCCAUCGCGUUUUACUGCGAAAACUUGCUUCACCAUCUUCUUUUACUUUUUGUUACUUUCUUGUAA